CGACCCCCCAUUCACCAUGUCCGACGACCUGAAGCAAGCCGUCGCCUCUGCCCUUCCCGACUCUGCCUCGGAAGCCCAAUCCAUUGCUGGCAACCGGCGGACAACUGGCAACCAGGCGCACAACGGAACGCCGACGAACCCGCUGCUGAACGCACACACGCCGAUGAACACUCCGCAGACGGCGGGCGCUCAUGUGCCUGCCAGCGAGGCGGGUGAUGGUUCGGAGUUGGCCACCUCGCCUGAGACGGUCAUCACGUCGACGGGCGCAGCGGCGGCAGGCGGGCCGGCAAGUGGCUCUGGCUUUACCUUUAACUUUGAUCCGCAGGCCUCGUCGCAGUUUGCGCAGGUGCUGGCCGGCGCGGGCGAGGCCGACAACGGUGACGAUGGUGAGGUCGACGAGGAGGCGCUCGUGGCUGGUGCGUCGAACCUGGCGGCGAUGAUGGCCGGGAUGGGCGGUGCUGAUGGCGGCGAGGGCGGCGCAAUGGCGGCGCUGAUGCAGAUGAUGGACCCAUCGAUCAUGUCGGCGCUGCAGUCCAAGUUCGAAGGCCUUAUCGGCAUGCCGUCGGGCCUCCUGGAGACGGCGCCGGUGGAAGUCAAGCGCCGGGUCUCGGCGCUCCGCAAGAUCGAGGACGAGCGCGUGGCGAUGGAGCAGGCAUUCCAGACCGAGUUCCGUGCACUGGAGAUUGCGUACGCGGCCAAGUUCCGGACGCUCGAGGAGAAGCAGAUGGCAAUUGUAACCGGCGAGUACGAGCCGACCGACGCCGACCUGGUCUCGGACGAGGAGCUCGAGGGCGGCGCCGAGGGCGACGAUGGCGAGGUUGAGGUGCCGGUCGGCCUUCCGCGGUACUGGCUCUCGAUUCUGCAGAAUAACUCGUCGCUCGAGGACGUGCUUGCCGAGUCGGACUACCCGGUCCUCGAGUCGCUCAUCGACGUCACCAUUGCGUAUCCCGAGGACAACCCCGGAUUCGACCUUGUCUUCACCUUUGCCGACAACGAGUACUUUACGAACAAGGUGCUGACCAAGAGCUACACGCUCGAGACCGACAAGUUCGAAGGCCCGAUGUUCAAGGCCGCAACGGCGACUGCCAUCGAGUGGAAGGACGGCCGCGAUGUGCGGAGCGCCGACGCGCCGUCGUUCUUCGACUUUUUCUACCCGCCGGUCCUCCCCGAGGACGACGAGGUGGAGGCCAUGGAGCCCGAGGAGCUGCACGAGCUCCGCGAGAACCUGCAGAUGGACCACGAGCUGGGCAUGAUCCUGCAGUCGAUGAUCCCGCGCGCGGCCUCGUGGUUCACCGGCACUGCCGCGCUCGCCCAGCUCGAGGCCGAGGGCGGCGGUGAUCCGUUCAUGGGCUACAUGGGCGGCGACGGCGACAGCGAGUACGAGACCGAUGACGACGACGAUGUCCCGGUCCACACCAUCAACGACCUUGCCGGCUACAACUCGGGCGAGGACGAGGACUACGUGCCCGGCAAUGACCCGCCGCCGGCAGACUGUAGCCAGCAGUAAAAAGAUGCAUGCUUG